AUGAGUAAGAAAAGAUCAAUUGAAGAGGAACAUCUUGCUAAGGAAUAUAAUCUUAAAAGGCACUAUGACACAAAUCAUAAAACAAACUAUGACCAAUACGUUGCAAAACUUCGUGAAGACAAAUUGUCGGAAUUGAAAUCAAUUCUUCAAAAACAACAAAGUGUAUUCACUAAAUGUGUUGAAGACAAUACAGCUGCUGUAAAAGUUAGUUAUAUAUUAUCACAUUUAAUCGCAAGCAGAUCGAAACCAUUUACGGAAGGGGAAUUUAUUAGUGAAUGCUUAAUUAAAGCGGCGGAAGUAUUAUGUCCAGCACAAAUAAAGAAAUUUAAAAGUGUAAGUUUAAGUCGAAAUACUGUAGCUAGCAGAAUUGAUGAAAUAGCCGAGAAUUUGAGAAAUCAGCAUAAUACAACAAUAUCAACAUUUCAAGCCUACUCUAUUGCAAUUGAUGAAAGUACAGAUAUUCGAAAUAUCGCUCAGCUGGCCGUUUUUAUUCGCGGAUGCGAUGUUAAUUUAAAAAUAAGUGAAGAACUUUUGGAAAUCAUUCCUAUGCAUAAUACAACCACUGGAGCUGAUAUUUUUGAUGCACUUAUGGAAGUUUUGAAGAAGUAUAAGUUACCAUUGGAAAAGUUCGUUUGUCUUGCAACUGAUGGUGCACCUACCAUGACCGGUAUUACUAAAGGAGUUGUUGCAAGAUUAAAAGAAACAUGCAAACAGCAUGAUAAGCCAAGAAUGCAUCUUGGUCAAUGUUUUAUAAAUUAUCAUACCAAGCGAAACUACAGAUCUUAA